AUGCCUUCCCCAACACAAGUCCGCCUUAUGUUCCGCACCGCAGCGCGCAGCCUAUCCGAGCCCCACCCAUUCGCCAGGAACCCCGUCACAUCAAGGGCGCACCAAUGGCGAGCCGGCGACCUAAGCAAGCGUGUUAUCAAGACAAGCACAGCCUUCGUCCCCUUCUACGUCGCAGUCUUGGGCUGGCCAGUAGCCGCCGCUUGGUGGUUCAACGGAAACAUGUGA